UUCUGUCUUAUUGAGAGAGCUUUUAUUGUGUAAACCAGAAAGCGGAAGUGCAGCUCGUUGUUUCCUCCUGCUGCAGCCUGCCGUGUUCACCCUGCUGUUUGAAUGAGAUCUAAUGAGUAAAAUUCAUAUUCAGAUACUUAAUUUGGAUAAAAACAUUUGAAAGUCAUGUCCUCCGACGCAGUGAAGAAAAGAAAGCCGAAGGUUAUCCGAAAUGAAGUAGGAACUCCAGAGACCAAGCGAGGUCGUGCAGAAAGCGAACAGCUGAGUGCAGUCAGUUCACAUGUCAAGUUCAGGAAGGUCAGGUUGAGGCAGGUCCAGGUCACGUAUCCAGCUGGACAUCAUCUUAUCGGACAGAGGAAGCUGUUUACAGCAAAGAAUCAGGAUGUCCGUGUGUAUAAUGAGGAGGUGGAGUUGGAGGGCAGGGACCCGCAGCAGGACUACAUGCUGUAUAAGGACACGUGUGCCGCUCUGGCCAAACUGAUGGACGAAAUCCAGGAGCUGAAAGCUGGCGGUGAAAAAGUCGGAAGCGUGGAGAUCGAGGAGAGACGCAGACAGUGCAGCGUUCAUUUCAUCACCCUGAAGAAACUCAACCGCCUAGCACACAUGCGACUGAAGAAAGGCCGAGACCAGACACAUGAGGCAAAGCAGAGAGUGGAUGUUCUUCAUUUGCAGCUGCAGAAUCUGCUGUAUGAGGUCAUGCAUCUGCAGAAAGAGAUUGGCAAAUGUCUCGAGUUCAAGUCUCAGCAUGAGGAGAUCGAGUUGGUCAGCGAAGAGGAGUUUUUUCAGGAGGCUCCACCCGAGAUCUCACGCCCUGAUGUCACCCGUGAUGACCAUCACCAGCUCACGCUUGCCCGCCUGGACUGGGAAUUGGAACAGAGGAAGAGGUUGGCAGAGCAGUAUAAGAUGUCUCUGGCUAGAAAGGAGAAGAUCCAGAAAGCCAUUGAGCAGAAGAGGGAAUACCUGAGCAGCCUUCAACCUGGACUGCAAAACAUCAUGCAGGCGUCUCUCCCAGUCCAGGAAUAUCUGUCGAUGCCGUUCGAGCAAAUGCAGAAGCAGGCAGAGGUCGCCCGUCACCUGCCGCCUCCUCUGUAUGUGCUGUUGGUCCAGGCGGGUGCAUACGGACAGGCUUGUGACAAAAACCUGUCUGUGAGCAUCAGCGGAGAUGUGGAUGAGGCCAAAGCUCUCUCCAGACCCCCAGAGGACUCGCAAGAUGAUGAGAGUGAUUCAGACGCUGAAGAAGAGCAACAGAACACGAAGCGCCGGCGGGCGACUGUAGGUGUUCAGUUGGAUGACAAGCGUAAAGAGAUGCUCAGACGCCACCCUCUCUCGCUCUGUGUGGACCUCAAGUGUAAAGACGGCAGCAUCCUGCAUCUGUUUUUCUAUUAUCUCAUGAAUCUCAACAUUUUGACUGUGAAGACCAAAGUUUCCACCACUACAGAUUUGUCCGGAGCCAUCAGCGCUGGGGAGCUGCUGAACUCGGAGAGUCUGCUAAACUGUCUUUAUGCGUCCGAUCACGGCAAAGAGACGCCCAACCCUGCCAACCGCUACCAGUUUGAUAAAGUCGGAAUCACUACAUUUGCGGAUUAUCUGUCAGAUCUCGGACAUCCGUAUGUUUGGGUGCAGAAACUGGGUGGCCUGCAGUUCUCAUCUGAUGGUGCACAGUCUGAGUUGACGGGAAGCGCUCUGAGCGCCAGUCACAUGGAGAGGACCAUGAAACUGCUGCGAGGAAGACUGCAGGCUCGACUGGCCCUACACAAACAGUUCAGCUCACUGGAGCACAGCAUCAUUCCCGUCUCCAGCGAGUGCCAGCAUCUGUUUCCUGCUAAAGUGGUUUCCGGUCUCACGCGCUGGACCAUGAUGAGCCACCAGGAAUUCACUGAGCUGGGUUUCGUGCAGCAUGUGUUGAAGGCCAGACUGGUGUGUGAGACAGAUCUGUUCUUCAUGGCAGUUGUGGAGAGAGGAACAGCUCGUCUGUUGGCCGCUGUGGUGGUGAACCCACGUUACCCUGAGGUCACGCCGCUCUUCUCUCUCUCUUUGCACUGGAAAGGCGAGCGCAGCGGGCGCACCGAUGACAACCUGCGGGCGAUGGAGAGUGAGGUGAACGUGUUUCGGUCCGAGCUGCAGGGCCCACGUCCGGGUCUCCAGCUCCUGACCAAUCAGAUUCAGCGCUUGUGCGUGUGUCUGGAUGUGUAUCUGGAGACGGAGAGUCAAGUAAGUGACGGCUCUGAGGGACCCAAGGAGUUUCCCAGAGAGAAGAUGUGCUUGCGUACGGCCAGGGGUCCCAGUCGUCUGAAGCCCUUCAAGUACAAUCAUCCUCAGGGUUUCUUCAGUCACCGCUAAAUCCGGAUCGCGGGACGAGCGAGAAUGCUUUAGUGUCAUUCUUUGUCAUCAACCUUUUAUUUCUGUUUUUUCACCCAUGUUUCUCAGUUUGCUUAUAUAAUGUGAAUUAGAAAAUAAAACAUUGCUUUUGAU